AUGUCAACAGAAAUUACUCCUAAAAUUGAAAAAAAAAAAGUUACACCAUCCAAUAUAAUCUUGGGGGCUGUAUUAACGAUGACAGAAGUGACGACUCUGGGUCAACCCAUUGAGGUUACCAAGACCACGAUGGCAGCUAAUAGAGAUUUAUCAUUUAUUCAAUCGAUUGCCAAAGUUUGGUCUCGUGGUGGGUUUCUCGGAUUUUAUCAAGGGUUGAUUCCAUGGGCAUGGAUUGAAGCUUGUACUAAAGGUGGGAUCUUAUUAUUUGUAUCAUCCGAAGUGGAAUAUCGAGCACGUGUGGCCAAUGCGGGGAAUUUCAUGAGUGGUAUUGUUGGUGGUAUAACCGGUGGUGUUGUUCAAAGUUAUACGACGAUGGGGUUUUGUACAUGUAUGAAAACUGUAGAAAUUACAAGACGUAAGAAUAUGGCGUCUACUGGUGUUACACAAUCCUCUUGGGAUGUCUUUAAAGUGAUUUGGGCUAAAGAAGGUUGGAGAGGGAUCAAUAAAGGUGUGAAUGCUGUUGCCUUGAGACAGAUGACCAAUUGGGGGUCAAGAUUUGGGUUUUCCAGAUUGGUGGAAAACGGUAUCAAGAAAAUACAAAACAAGGGGAGUGACGAUAAGUUGAGUGUCACAGAAAAGAUUUUGGCCAGUGCCAUUGGUGGUGGGUUAAGUGCUUGGAAUCAACCUAUUGAAGUUAUUCGAGUUGAGAUGCAAUCCAAGACUAAUGAUCCCAAUAGACCUCAAAAUUUGACUGUGAUGAAAACUUUGAAAUAUGUUUAUAAUACGAACGGGAUUAAAGGGUUAUAUAGGGGUGUGACACCCAGGAUUGGACUUGGAGUUUGGCAAACUGUGUUUAUGGUUGGGUUUGGUGAUAUGGCCAAGGAAAAGAUUGCCAACUACGGUAAGGCCAAGCCACAAUCGUUGAAAUGA